GACUUUCGCAGCGACGGAAAGUUGCAGUCCCUGGUAGCGCCUUGGGGGUCUCCCGGCAGUGUCCAACCGCCGCCACCCGUCUCCGACUACGGCACUUCUGAGAUCUCCUUCGCCGGAACCCUCGCUCACUUCAGCCGGAUCGCCUGUGCCCAAAACGCCCCACCCAUGACGAUGCUCCUUGACGGAGGCCCGCAGUUCCCCGGGCUGGGAGUGGGCAGCUUCGGCGCGCCGCGCCACCACGAGAUGCCCAACCGUGAGCCGGCGGGCAUGGGGCUGAAUCCCUUCGGGGACUCAACCCACGCCGCCGCCGCCGCCGCCGCGGCGCACGAUCUGUCUUCGGGCCAGAGCUCGGCGUUCACGCCGCAAGGUUCGGGCUACGCCAACGCCCUGGGCCACCAUCACCACCACCAUCACCAUCAUCACCACGCCAGUCAGGUGCCCAGUUACGGCGGCGCUGCCUCGGCUGCCUUCAACUCCACGCGCGACUUUCUGUUCCGCCAGCGCGGCUCCGGGCUCAGCGAGGCAGCCUCGGGUGGCGGGCAGCACGGGCUCUUCGCUGGCUCGGCGAGCAGCUUACACGCUCCAGCUGGCAUUCCCGAGCCCCCAGGCUACUUGCUCUUUCCCGGGCUGCAUGAGCAGGGCGCUGGGCACCCGUCGCCCACUGGGCACGUGGAGAACAACCAGGUCCACUUGGGGCUGCGCGGGGAGCUAUUCGGCCGUGCUGACCCGUACCGCCCGGUGGCCAGCCCGCGCACGGACCCAUACGCGGCCGGCGCGCAGUUCCCCAACUACAGCCCCAUGAACAUGAACAUGGGCGUGAACGUUGCGGCCCACCACGGGCCCGGCGCUUUCUUCCGUUAUAUGAGGCAGCCCAUAAAGCAGGAGCUGUCGUGCAAGUGGAUCGACGAGGGUCAGAUGAGCCGGCCCAAGAAGAGCUGCGACCGGACCUUCAGCACCAUGCACGAGCUGGUGACGCAUGUCACCAUGGAGCAUGUGGGGGGCCCGGAGCAGAACAACCACGUCUGCUACUGGGAGGAGUGCCCCCGCGAGGGCAAGUCCUUCAAGGCGAAGUACAAACUGGUCAACCACAUCCGAGUGCACACGGGCGAGAAGCCCUUCCCAUGCCCCUUCCCGGGCUGCGGGAAGAUCUUCGCCCGCUCUGAAAACCUCAAGAUCCACAAGAGGACCCACACAGGUGAGAAACCUUUCAAAUGUGAAUUUGAAGGCUGUGACAGACGCUUUGCCAACAGCAGCGACCGCAAGAAGCACAUGCAUGUGCACACCUCGGACAAGCCCUAUAUCUGCAAAGUGUGCGACAAGUCCUACACGCACCCGAGCUCCCUGCGCAAACACAUGAAGUGUUGUCCUGCUUGGUAUCCGGGACAGUCUCUAAUUCCUGAUGAAGAACUUGAUACUGACGUUGGUAUGCAGCAGCCUGCCCUCCAUAACACUACCUAUCCUAAAUGCAGGGUUAAUGCCGAACCUACUGUGCAAGAAAUGAUUUACUGAUGAGGUUUCAAAGAAAACCACAUCAAUUUGGAUGUCUGUUACCUUGAAGUGAUCAUUUUAAGAGUAGUAGCUUAUUCUCUAGGUAUAAAAAGACUAUUUUCUUCUUUUGGUGUAUUUCAUUCUGUGCUGAGCAAUCAUUUGUUAAAUGAGAAAGCAACAAAGUCCCCUCCCCCCAAUUUGGCCUAAUUCGUAAUUCAGUAUGCAUUAUCUCAUGCAUUGUGGGACUUUGUUGAAAAUCUUUUUCAAAUGUCUGCAUUCCACAUGUAGAACUAAAGUGUUUAAAACUAGAAACAUGAAUGCUUGUUUUGUUAAUUCACAUGUUUGUCUUCAAAAAGCAAUACCCAGGAUCCCCAGAAUUGUUAUUUGACUUAAAUAAAACUAUUUAAAUUA